CAGUUCACGAAAAAAGAAAACCGAAACUGAACCGGACGGGCACAGAGCAUCAGAAGAGGAAUAUCCCGGAUAGACAACUAAUUAUAACCCCAGCAAGAGACGAGGAGUUUUAGAUCAACACCACAGCUUCGAAUGAACAUAUGAGAUAUCCGAGAAAAGGAGAAGGAGAGAAGAAACCAGCCCACUACGGCUUAUGUCGGAGACUUUUUUUUUUUGUUUACAGAAUCAUUAAAGCUACUUUGUUUUACUGUUGCUAACUGGAGUGCUCGAUUUAAGGUUCAGCUAAAUAUGAAAAAUGAAGCCUAAAUGGGGGAUCUGAACAGUACACUCUCUGACACUGUUUUGUUUUUUUCACCCGACAUGAGAUCUUUCUAAACAGGAAUUGCCUUGCUGAUCAGCGCUUAGGAGCAGUCUUUGAAUUGAUCUUCCCACUGCCUAAUUUAGGGGGUGUCAGAAAAUAUGAAUGGUGACAACCCUAACAGGAGAUGGGGGAGAGGAAGAGGCAACGUGGAGCACAGAAGAGGUGCUGGUGACCACCGGGUGCCCAACCAAGCCCCUGGAGGAAGAGGAAGAGGUGGGGAAGAGAGAAGGUGGAACCAACAGGAUGAUGGGAGGGAGAGAGAUGGUUGGAGAGGGCGAGUGGACAGGGACGGACAUGGAGCGAGAGGAAGAGCGGAGAGGGUGGGGGAUGGAGGUAGAGGGCGAGUGGACAGGGAUGGGGAGGCAGCGAGAGGAAGAGGGGAAAGGGUAGGAGAUAGAGGUAGAGGGAGAGAGAACAGGAAUGGGUACAGAGGAAGAGGACAGGACAGGGGUGCAGAUGAGGAUAGAGGAGAGGGAGGUGAGGGUAGAGGAGAGGGAGGUGAGGGUAGGGGGCGAGGUAGAGGAAGAGGGGGUGGGAGAGGGAGAGGAGGGAGGGAUCAAGGGGGACUGGAAGCUGACAGAGAGGUCCGCAAGCUAGGGUACAAGACCCUGGAAGAACUGUCUGGAAAGGAGGCCUCGGAGGUGGCUAUAACUCUGUCAUCCAGUGCAGGGCUGCGGGCUCUGCUGGAGGAGCCAGAAAUGGGCCACAACAUGGUGCAGCUUCUAGUCCAGGUCCUGAGCAAAGCCAUUGGCUCACGAACUGAUCGCAGGAUUGUCCAGCACUUAGCUGGGGCUGUAAAGGACUCAGGCUUUCUACGGACUGUCCUGCCCCACUAUGUUGUUGGCAUGAUGUCUGAUCACAUCCCUGCUCGACGGGCACAAUACCCAAAGCACUUAGACAAUAUUGUAAGUCUCCUGUCAGACGUGGUCAGUAUUUUCCCAGCCAGUUCUGUCCAGGUGGCAUCUAUGUUGGUGGCCCUUCUCAAGCCAACAGUCAAUGGCCUACGAGCUUCUGGGGUGGAUGUUCCUGCCCAGACAGAGCAGAACCUGGAUAAAAUUCAAGGACUUACUGCUCACCUUCAGGAGAAGGCUAGGGACGGUACCCUACGCUCUGACAAUUACACCUUCCUGACUCCUGACGAGGACGCCCCACCUGGGGAGGGGGACUACCAUACUAUGACCAUCUACCCCAAUCCUGAUGAGAUCCACCAGGAAGAGAAGCCCUUCUUGCGUCCCAACGUCACCUCCCGUAGAUAUCCUAAUCUCCACCUGUACCUGGACACGCACUUCCGUCUCCUGCGAGAAGACUUUGUCCGCCCCCUGCGCGAGGGCAUCCGGGAACUCCUUCAGAGUUACCAAGAACACACCCUGGCUCAGGUACCCUUAAAGAAGAAGCGCUUUGAUGACAUCCGAGUCUACUUUGACACCCGGCUGCUUGUUCCCUUGUGCACCCCAACAGGCACUGCCUACAAAGUGCAGUUCGACCCACGUCCACUGAAGUUUGUCCGGUGGCAGAACUCCAAGAGGCUGCUGUAUGGGUCGCUGGUUUGCAUGUCCCGGGACAAUUUCGACACCUUCCUGUUCGCCACGGUGUCAGACCGGGACCCUGCUGAGCUGUGCAAGGGCCAGGUGCAGCUGAGCUUUGUCAGGGAGAGCCGGGCGGCACUUGCAGGGGUGCAGGCCUCCCACUCUUUCCUCAUGGUGGAAACCACUGCAUACUUUGAGGCCUAUCGUCAUGUCCUGGAGGGGCUACAGGAAAUGACCGGAGAUGACAUGCCUUUCCAGAGGUACAUUGUCGAGUGCCAGUCUGACGUGUCUCCACCUGCCUACUUGCCUAUGGGAGGGAACUAUGACCUCUCGGCCAUUGCAGUACCCAAGGAAAGUGCAAAGGCUCCUCUGAUGCCCUUCGAUGCUUUGGAUCCCCUUGCCUGGCCCAGCAUGGAGCAGCUGGGGCUUGAUGAAUCACAGAUGAGGGCACUCAAACUGGCUCUCACCAAAGAGCUGGCAAUCAUACAGGGUCCUCCAGGCACCGGGAAAACCUAUGUGGGUCUGAAGAUCGCUCGUGCUCUGCUGAAUAACACCCAGGUGUGGCGGCAUGACCUGGAGACCCCUCCCAUCCUGGUGGUCUGCUACACCAACCAUGCGCUCGACCAGUUCUUGGAAGGAAUCCAUGGUUUCCUGGAUUCGGGGAUUGUAAGGGUGGGCGGCCGCAGCAACAGCGACAUCCUGAAACGUUUCACCCUCAGGGAGCUGAGAGGGGGCUCCAAUUUCCGCAGGAACCUACCCUCACACCUCCGCCGGGCAUAUUUCGAGAUUACUAAGGAGCUGGCACAGGCAGAACAGCGGAUUCGACAGGAGGCGGGACAGCUGGAGUGCACUCUCAAAGGCAUCAUGCACGAGCAGUUCCUGGAGAGGUUCAUCUCCGAAAGACAUUGGAACAGCCUCAACCAGCAACCACUGUGGGAUGGGUUCCAGCGCUACGGGAAGAAGCAGUCUUUAAUCCUGGAGUGGCUGGGCCUGGGGUCCUCAGAAUUCCAGCAGACUGGAGGAGAGGCACCUGCUGACAAUGCUGAGGAGGCAGAGGAGGAGCCUGGGCAGGAAGAGGAGGAGCUGAUAGAGGUGGAGGAGGAAGCCGAGCUGAUUCAGGCAGAGCGCCUAAUCGAGGAGGGGGAGCUCCGUGGUCAUGCGCAGAAGAAGAAGAAAGCAGACUUCGCAAUCAAAGAGCUGGCGGGCAUGCUGCUGGCCCUGAACCUGGACAAGAAUGAGGAAAGAGGGCCAACACAGAGCCAGGAGGGCUGGCAGAUAACACGUGAUCAGAAGAAAAAAAUGAAGCAGCGUGUGCGCUGGGAACUGUCGAAAAGCUUGGCCAUGAGUGAGCAAGAGGAGAUGGCAGUGUGGGAUAUCUGGAGGCUAAACUUGAAGGACCGCUGGAGGCUGUACAGGCUCUGGCUGAGCCGCUACCAGACGGACAUGCGGGCGCGGGCCCUGCAGUCCGAGCAGGUGUACCAGGACGCGGCCGAAAGGCUGGCGGAGAUCAGGCUGCGGGAGGACCUGUGCAUCCUGAAGGAGGCCCGGGUCAUCGGCAUGACCACCACCGGAGCCGCCAAGUACCGCCGGACCCUGCAGGAGGUGCGCCCCCGCCUGGUGAUCGUGGAGGAGGCAGCCGAAGUGCUGGAGGCCCACACCAUCACCACGCUCAGCCAGGCCUGCCAGCAUCUCAUCCUCAUCGGAGACCACCAGCAGCUGCGCCCCAGUGCCACAGUGUACGAGCUGGCAAAGAAUUUCAACCUGGAGGUGUCCCUGUUUGAGAGGCUGGUCAAGCUGGACUUCCCUUACGUCAGACUCAACUACCAGCACCGCAUGAGGCCAGAAAUCGCUCGACUUCUGACUCCCCACAUUUACGCGGAGCUGGAGAACCAUCCCAGUGUACUGGAAUAUGACAACAUCAAGGGAUUGCUCUCCAACCUCUUUUUUGUGGAGCACGAGUUCCCAGAGCAGGAGAUCCAGGAUGGCCGCAGUCACCAGAACCCGCACGAGGCCCGGUUCCUCGUCGCCUUGUGCCGCUACCUCAUGUGCCAGGACUACCAGCCCUCUCAGAUCACCAUUCUCACCACCUACACCGGGCAGCUGCACUGCCUGCGCAAGCUGUUGCCGGCCAGCCAGUUCGCUGGGGUGAAGGUCCAUGUGGUAGACAAGUAUCAGGGGGAGGAAAACGACAUUGUUUUGCUCUCUCUGGUCCGCAGCAACCCAGAGGGGCGAGUGGGUUUCCUUCAGAUCGCCAAUCGGGUUUGUGUGGCCCUGUCCCGUGCCAAGAAGGGCCUCUAUUGCAUCGGAAACAUGGGCAUGUUUGGGAAGGUUCAGCUAUGGAGCAACAUCCUUCACACCUUGCGGGAGAGGGGGCAGAUUGGCCGCUCGCUGAUCCUGUGCUGCCAGAAUCACCCAGACACCCGCGUUAUGGUCUCCUGUGCCCAGGACUUCCAGCAGGCCCCCGAGGGGGGCUGCAGCCGGCCCUGCGAGUUCCGCCUGGAGUGCGGCCACGUCUGUACCCGUGCGUGCCACCCGUAUGACGCGGAUCACAAGAAGUUCAAGUGCCUGAAGCGAUGCCAGAAGGUGCUUUGCGAGCAGGGCCACCACUGCCCAGGGCUGUGUUUCCAGCAAUGCCAGGAGUGCCAGGUCCUUGUGGAAAAAGAGAUCCCGUACUGUGGGCACAAGCAAAAGGUGCCCUGCUCCCAGGACCCACUGGAUUCUAUCUGCCAGGUUCCAUGUACUAAGAUACUGAGGUGUGGUCACCCCUGUGAUUCUGUCUGUGGGGAGACCUGCACAUCCCGUUGCCUGGUGAUGGUGACUAUAAAACUACAGUGCGGCCAUGAGCAGGAAGAUGCCUGCUACUUCAGCAAGCAAGAGGAAGGGCAGAGGCAGAGGCACCCUGCAUGCAGGGUCAAGUGCAGUGAGAAACUGAAGUGUGGCCACCCUUGCCCGGGCACCUGUGGUCGUUGCUACCAGGGCCGCUUCCACGAGGCUUGUCGUCAGGGCUGUCGGCGCCCACUCAUCUGUUCUCAUGAGUGCAGGGAGCCCUGCACCCAAGAAUGCCCCCCCUGUCGGCUGCCUUGCCAGAACCGCUGUGUGCAUAGUGCCUGCAAGAAGAAAUGUGGCCUGCCCUGUGCACCUUGCGUGGAACCCUGUUUCUGGUUCUGCCAGCACCUGCGCUGCAGCAAACUCUGUCAUGAGCCCUGUGAUCGCCCACCCUGCAAUGAGCCUUGCAACAAGGCCCUCUCCUGUGGGCACCCCUGUAUCGGACUGUGUGGGGAACCCUGCCCAGACAAGUGCCGCGUUUGCCACCAUAAUGAAGUGACAGAGAUCUUCUUUGGCAAUGAGGAUGACCCCUUAGCUUACUUUGUCCAGCUGGAAGACUGCGGUCAUCUGGUGGAGUCCGUCGCCAUGGACCACUACAUGAACAUGGAUGAAGGGCCGGGGGAAGACAACGAGCAUGUGUCCAUCAAACUAAAAGAGUGCCCCAGGUGUCGCACACCCAUCCGCAGGAGCCUGCGCUACGGCACUGCUGUCAACCGCAGCCUGGCCGAGAUCGAGAAGGUGAAAGCCCAGGUUCAUGGCUCUCCACUCGCCAUCGAGAAGAAGCAGAAGGCUCUGGUGAGGCUCCUCAAAGACAAGGUGGCCCUACAGCUCUAUCUCCAUGUGGAGUAUCGCCGGCUCCAGGAACAGCUAGAGGAGACGAGCCUUACAUUAAGGGACUUGGGAAUACUGGAGAACAAGAUUGCCUUCUAUGAUCGCAUUGGUCAGCUGUGCAAAGCAGAGGAGAAAAUGUCUGUUGACGAUAUGGAUCGAUUCUUCAAGCGGGUGGGUGAAUGUCUGGAGUGGCUGGAGCACCCGAACUUGACAUUCUCUGAGCAGCAGGCAUCCGACCUUCAGGCUGAGAUCCAGAGGCUUACCUGUCUGGCAGAGCUGAACUUGCGCUGCCAGCAUGCAGGCAGGAAGGUGCUGAGUGCCACGGUUCAUGCCCAGGUGCUGUCCCUUCGACAGCUUCUGGAGGGCACCGCGCCAUUCACUCAGGAAGAUGAGCAGAAAGCACAGCAGGCCAUGAAAGAUCUGGAUGCCCAGCUGCCACGCAGUGGGCUGGGUAUCUCUGAUGGAGAGCGAGUUAUGAUUGUCAAGGCUAUGGGACUUCCCAAGGGACACUGGUACAAGUGCCCUAAUGGUCAUGUCUAUGCCAUUGGAGACUGCGGGGGGGCCAUGGUUAGCAGGAUAUGCCCCGAGUGUGAUGCCACCAUCGGUGGUGCCAACCACAGCUUAGCCAGUGGCAAUGAUGUGGCAUCAGAGAUGGAUGGGGCUCAGCACGCCGCUUGGUCUAAUGCUGCCAAUGUGCUGGACCAUGACUUCCAGAGACUCAGGCUGUGAUUUGUCAGGUGGACAGGUGUCAGGUGUGAGGAUCGAUUUUUUUCUCAGGCUCUUCUCACAGCACCGGCCUUUAAAGGUCACAAUAUUACAAGGUAUCUGAAUUAUUAAGAGAUAAAGAUUUGCAAUAAAUGUGAAAGUUAAGCAAAUUAAUUAAUACAUAGAAUGAUAAGGCUCUGUGUAAUUUCAAGCUAGGUCAAUCUUUUUUCCUCUUUAGGGGUCUUCAUUUUAAGCUUAUAUAUCGCAAUCAACUAUCCAUCUUUUAACUUCUUUUAAAUCCUCUCUGUAUUUUCUUAAUCAUAUCAGAAGGCACUAAUCCUUGCGCGCCUUUCCACAUGAAUGUGUGUUUUCUGUACCUCACAUGAGACACUGAUCCAGUUGUGUAAGCGAUAAAGCACCAAUAAUAUCUGAGAUCACAUGGCUGCAUCUGCCGCCAUGCAGGUUUAUACCCAGUUUCAGAUUUACAUUUCUCUCUGACUUUGUGGUCCUGCACUUUUUCUUCUUUGCACUUCACCGAGUUCACAGCAGUAGAUUCAUCCCCAGUAGACUGAGAAAACUCAGGUGGCCAUUUGAAAUGCCUGUGUUGACCUCAGUGAUCCUUAUAGACUACUGGUUUAAUUUUACCCUGGGCUUUAGCCUUGUGAGUGGAUUAGAAUUUGUGCAGGAGGAGCUAUCGAGCCCUUUUCUCCCUCUCGUGACUUGAGCAGUUAGUCUUUUAAAGGCCUAGGCACCUGUGCAGCACUGGUUUAAACUCUCAGAUACAGGUUAAAGCUGUAGAGAGAGCAGAGAGCAGUUGCUCUCAGCUGGAUUGCUACAUUAUCAUUUUUAACUUUGUAGUGGAAGACAUUAAUAACUGUGCACAGAAAAAAAGUCUAAAAGGUCUACUGCUAAGGUUGUAUUAUUCUUAACUUUUCAAAUUUUAACAUUAUUUUAAGUGAAUUCUGAGUUUUCUUUAAAGCCGGAAUGUAUUUCUGCAUGUUUCUGGUGAUGACCAUGUCUCACUCUUGAUUGUCCCGCAAUUCCUUCAAAUUCCGUGCAGUUAAGUCUGUAGUUUUAUUGUUCCCUUGCUGCGAUUAAACCUACAUCCUCACAGUAAGCACAGCACGAUGGCAAUAUGCAAAUGAGGCUAGACAGCUUUAAAAUUAGGCCCAGAGUCUUUCAUUUUUUUAUUGCAUAAGACUAAAUACACGUUUCAUAAAUAAAUAUAAAUACAAUUAAAAAAUAAAUUUCAGUGUAUGUUUUGCACUGGAAUGGCUAAUGAAAAAAUUAAAAAGAAAUGACUUUAGUGAUCUGCUGUUCGUAAUCAUUCUGGACCUUUAUAUAGGGGUACGGAAAUAGUGUCCCACCAGUAGGUCCAAUGGGAAAACAGAUGUUCACAUCUGGAAUCUUGGUGCUGCAGGUUGCACCAAUACAGCCUCUUUUGUUUUUUUGUAGUUGCAAUCUUUGCACUUCCUAGUUUAAUUCUUCCACAAAAUAAAUAACCUCCACAUGCAUCUUUAGUGCAAUGAUUGAGCAAUUAAACAGUAGCUUUUGCACUAAAGUUAUUUUCAUUUGUGUCACAGAUUGUUCUGCUAGCUGGUUGUAUCUUUUUUCUCAUGCUGAGGUGAUACUAUAGAUGCACUGUCAUUGAUAGUCCAGUAGUCCAGUGAAUUUUCAGAGGCCAGUCGGUGAAAAUCGUGGGCAUAAUACACCUGUUUCCACAAUCAGGGAGCUGUUUCCUCUCUUUGUCUUCCAAACUGUGUAGCCAGUAUUUGUUAGCCAUUGCCCUCUGUCUGGUGAAGUUAAGUGGUGAAACUUAUAGCUGUCAUAAAAUUAAAUUCUUGCUAUCAUGUCGGUUCUUCUUCUUUUAUGGCAUCUA